GGUUCCGCCGGUCGCCACCGUUAGGGAACUGCGGCAGACGCCGCCCCAUCCCGAGGGGACUCGAAAAUGUACAGCCAGCGGUUUGGCAUCGUACAGCGGGAGGUUAAGGGCCCCACUCCCAAAGUGGUGAUGGUGAGAGCCAGGCCUCCCGAAGGCCAAAAGGCUGAGCAACAGCUGGAGAGAAUCCUACGCAGCUAUGAGAAACAUCAUGCCAUUUUGGAUUCCAUUAAGUCCAUAGAGCGGGAUCGCUUGAAAGUUGACUGGUACAAGCGCAAUGACCGCAGAUUUGUGGACAGUCUUGUGAAAACAAGAACGAAGGAUGCCAUGCAAGGAUUUAUCAUCAACACUGAAGAAAGACGAAAUAAGCUCCGUGAACUUUUAGCAGCAGAAGAAAACGAGUAUUUUACUGAACUGCAAUUGAAAGGAGAAACAAUUGAAGAUAGAAAAGAAAGAAUGAGAGAGAAAACCAGAUUAUUAAAGCAGAAGAAAGAAAAAGAGAGGCAAGAUUUUGUGGCUGAAAAGCUAGACCAACAAUUCAGGGAACGCUGUGAGGAGCUCCGCACUGAGCUGCUUUCUCUCCACGAGAAGAAGGUGUGUGAGGAGCGGAAAGCACAGGUUGCGUUCAAUGAGGAGCUGAAAAGGCAAAAGCUGGUGGAAGAGCAGAUGUUCUGUAAGCUCUGGGAGGAAGACCGAUUAGCCAAGGAAAGGCGGGAAGCUGAAGAGGCGAAGAGACAGAAAGACCUGGCGGAGAACACACGGCUGGGGCUGAAUGCCCAGGUCACCGACAUCAACGCGCGAAGGCAGGCAGCGCAGCGGCUAAAGGAAGAGGAGGCGCGCCUUGUGGAAGAUGACAGAGCUCAGGUGAAACUUGAGGAUGAGCAGGAUAAGCUAAAGAAACAGAGGACAAAACAGAAACUUAGGACCACUUUGCAAAAAGCCCUCCAAGAGAAGAUAGAACGUCUUCAGCAGGAGCACAGAGAAGAAAAGGACUUGCGCACGAAACUCGUGCAAAUGGCCCAGAAAGACUUACAGGACGAGGCUGAUAAAAACAAGCAAAAAAGAGAAGAUAGGAUAAGAGAACAGAAGAUAUAUCGUGAGUAUUUGGCACAGCAGCGUGAGGAAGAAAAUGCUCAGGAGAAAGAAUUGGACAGAAUAUUAGAAGAAGAGAAGGCAAAGCAGUGGGCGGAGAAGGACAAACAGCUGAAACUUGAAAAGGAGGCAAGGAAACAACUUGUGAAUGAGGUCAUGUGUACAAGAAAACUUCAAGUUCAAGAAAAGUUGCAACGAAAAGCGAAAGAACUGGAAGAACGUGCUCUGGAACAGGAGCGCAUACAGGAAGGUCUUAAAGAGCUUAACCGUGAAGAGGAGGAGAAUUUUGUAAGACGCUCCGGGUUAGCCCAGGAGUACCGGAAGCAGCUUCAGAUGCAAAUGUCCUACCAGCAGCAGGCCCGGGAGGCACAGAAGGAAGAGGAGCGCCGGGAGCUGGAGGCGGGGAGAGCUGCGGACAGGAUGUGCCAGGACAAGAUCCAGGAGCUCCUGAGAGACUUCGGGGUGCAGCUCCACAACGUCCAUCCCAUGCGGAGGGCGUGCCCUGCCAAGCUCCCGCCGUAGUUUCGUAAACAUCAGUGCUUCUUCAGUCUUUUAAUAUUUUUAACUAAAAUACACUUUUAUGUUCCUUUGAGCUCAUAGAUAAACUUCCUUUUUCUCUGA